AAAAUUAGGGGCGGCAGAAGGUGGCUUUCGCAGUCCUCGGUAGGGGCUCACCGUCAAAGCGAUAUGGCGACGAUGUCCGACUCAGAUUUCGAGUACUUGGACUGCGACUGGGACUAUUAUGGUGAUGGUGAAGCCUUCUCAGAGUUUAAGACCAUGCACAUGGGUUAUUAUGGAAACCCCGUCUCCCUCAGUACAAUUUGUGCGAACGAUGCAUGGCACAAAAUCUCAGUGGACAUCAAAAAGUCUGCAGGGCAUCUGAUGAGACUUCACACCUACUGGCUGCCACUCCUGCUUCGCAACGACACCAUGAACGACACCUUCAACUGGGCUGCGUCCAUUGGCCUGGUCAACGCAGAUGAUCCAACCAUUGUGAAUCUGAAGACGCUGCGCAAGAUUGAAACCCUGGAGGCGAUUCUCAGAGCUAUGGAGAUCGGAUCUUUUUCCAAGGAACAAAUGACUCAUCUCAUCGUAAUAAGUGCUAGCUUUAGCGAGCAAUUGCCGGAGGCUCUGGAGGAGGCUUUGCUGUGGCUGGAGCUGACGGGAGAGCCUGGGAUCAAAGCUCGUGUACUGAAGCUGGGCCACAAGCGCACCUGCUUCGCAGCUUUGUACUACAUCUUCAGAAACUUUGCGCUUUACGUCUAUUACAUGGGGAAGAACAUGGGGAGGAUGAUAGAUGUGAUGAGAACAAAACCCCCGGAGGACCUUCUAGCGGAAAGUGAUGUCAUCAAGAAACAAGGGAACGAUCUAUUUCAGGAGGAGAAGUACGAAGAAGCAGCGGCUGCUUAUUCCAAAGCCAUCAAAUAUUUCCCUGAAAACCACAUCAUCUUUGGCAACCGGGCGCUUUGUUAUAUCCGCUGUAAGAAAUAUCCAGAAGCCGCUGCUGAUGGAAAACGUGCCACUCUAAUAGAACCGCUCUGGCCCAAGGGCCACUACCGCUACUGUGAGGCCUUGUUCCUGUUGGGCGAGGUCCAGUGGGCCUUGGGCGCCAACAUCUCGGCACAGAAUCUUUGCAAGCACGGCCGCGAGGGGGUCAAAGACCUGGAGCAGCAGCAUCAGAAGUUUGUGAGCGAAACAAAAGGCAGCGAAGCGGGAUCCUCAAAGAACAAUCAAAGUGCCGCGGGAACCCCUAAGAAAAAUCCGAAUGCUGCGGGACACCCUAAGAAAAGUAAAAAUUCAACGAAACUAGAGGUCACUACUAAAUCCAGUAAAACGAAGGCCACUAACAAGUCCAAUGUAGCUGGGACACAGGAGCCUUCAGGAGAAGGCGACGGCAAUGGCAGUAACAAUAAUAAGAGCAAUGGGGUGUUCAAGGUGAAUAAACUGCAAGUGACCUCCCAAGCACAACACAGCUGGAAAACACCUUUGAACGUGGCUGGAGCCAAAAUGACUAAGCAGAGCCACCAACCAGUAAUUAAAGAGAAGACAGCAGUGAAGACUGCACCCGCUGCCACUAAAGAGCUGCCCAACACUCCCAAGAAGAAAUCCAAGAGCAGCAAGAAUCAACCCGAGCAGGCGAACCCGCCCGAGGCCACUGACAGAGCCGCCUUGAUCAAAGAGAAGCUGAGAGUGCAUAUACAGGAUGCCCAUUCUUCCCUGACCAACCAGUGCAGCUACGACUCCGAGCGGGCGUUCAGACAGGCGCUGGCCCUGCUGGACACCAACCCGCCCGAGGAAAUUGGAAUGUCUGCACUGGAUAUGCAGUUGUUGCUUUACGGCCAUGUGUCCGCCCUGACGCAAAUUGGCAAGCCUGAGGGGCUGGCGGAAGCUCGAAGAUUCCUGGAGAAGAUCAAAUCGUACGAGGAGAGGGUUUUUCAGUGUCUGGUUUGCUAUGCGUAUGGGAAUAUUUACCUCAAAGAGAAUAGAUUUGCAGUCGCACUGGAACAUUUUCAAGAUUCCAUGCAGAUGGUGAGGAAUCGGGUAACGCCGGGUAAACUCACCUGGCCGCUAACAAAAGAGGUUGUUAAAGAGACCGAGCUGAACCAUUUUAAAAAAAUUCUAGACGAUUCCAUAUAUUUGUGCAAGUUCCCUCCUCGGCCUGAUAGCACCUGUCGAUAUGUGAACUGCCUCUGCCCUUCCAAAAACAUGUAUAUCACCGACCCGGAUUUUAAAGGUUUCGUUCAGUUGAAGUGCAGCCACAAGUGUCUCAUUGAGUACCACAAUGCCUGCUGGAAAAAAUUAAAGCCGCCGUCCUUUGAGGGUAAAGAGAAGCCAUGUCUGACUCCCGACUGUUCCGGUAUAAUCGAUUCUAUCCAAAUUAUUGACCCAACGGGCCAGAUGAAAUGUAAAAUUUUGGUCAGCAACCAAAAGGCGGAGAUUCCGAAGAAACCAAAAGUGAAGCAGAAACUUUCAGGUGUGAAGAAAUUGAAGGAGAAGAGCCAUUUUAAAAGAGAGAAUAAUAAUAAUAUGCAGACCUUGGAAAAGAAGCCCACUAUCAGUGAUGAGGUUCUACCGGCAAAAAACAACACCGUAGAGUGGACCCAACAGAAUGCCUGGUUGCUGUACCGGGAUCGCGUCCUCCUGCAGAUCAGAGAUAAGAUGCAGCUGCUCCGCCAGGAAAAGGGUCUCACCGUGUCGGCCGUGAGCGCAGGCCUCGGGCCCUGGCUGGAGCUGGACUCAGCACGGGGCAACCACCUCGCCAGCAAAAUGCUCAACUGGGAGCACGAGCACCUCGAGACGCUGGAUCAGGUGGUCGAGCUGCUCCUCGAACGGAAGAACCGUGUUUGGGCACGUGUCUUCAUCCAGCUGCUGUCAAGUACUUUGGAUGUUAAUGUGGAGCUCAGCUGUUGGGCGGGGCGGCUCAACGAUGCAGAUCUAAAGGCGGCUAAGUCCUUCGUUGAACGCAACGCAGACUCCUUGGAUGAGCUGGACCUCACCCCGGUGUUGAACUUUGCUCCUUUGAAAGAAAUUAUUUCCGAGAGCCCCCCCCCUGGCGCCAACUUAAUAUCAAGCCAUGGACUCACUAAAUAUGUCAAGCAGCCCUCGCCACAUGAAAUGAGACUUUUUAUCUGGACUCUUGAGGAGCAUAGGGACAUUUACGUUUCGUGUAACAUUUUACUGGAUGAGUAUUUUGAUAUGAUGGAUGGACAGUGUUCAGUUCUAAAAAAGUCUGAUAGUCAAAAUAGUUUUCCUGUGAUUGUUAAGAGUCGUGCGCGAAAAAAGAUGAAGAACAAGGGGCUUCCAGUUUGGUCUCGGCCAUCUAAUAGUUUUGCAGAUGAGUGGGACCAAGAAGAUCCACUAAAUUUCCUUGACCCCGACGACACCUUCAGUAUUCCCAGCUACCUUCGAGCACCGUUGGACGAAUUUGAGAAACAGUAUAACAGCACCAGACACACGAGGGAUUUUAAAAAGAUUUUGGACAACAAUCCGGAUCCCACCCAGGAAGAUUUGUACGACUAUUUUGCACAGAUUCUGGAGCAACACGGUCCCCUGCUCGCCAACGACCCCCUGCUGGUGGGCGAGAUGGAAAACUUCCCGCCCGUGGCAAAGGCCAAGCUCCAAAAGGCGGACAGCUUAGAGCACUUCCUGCUAGAAUCCCUUCGCUUCAUAAAGAUCGACAGCUCCUUGGGCCUGGCCAAGCACGCCGUUGCCCUGCAGGACGCCGCCCAUGUGGACCACCCGCAACCUCUCCCUGUAUUUUCAUCCACCCAGAACGCCACUCCUAUUCUUAAUAAUGUAGACACUUUCCAUAUAGAUCAACACCCCCCACCUGUAGGCAAAGCCCCUGUCAAUCAAGCGGGCAGCAACAAGAUUUCUCCCAAUUAUUUUAAAUCCCUAGAUCUUUAUACUAGAGAGGUAGAAGAAUCCUGGGAAACGUAUUCCUAUACAAGCGGUUUAAGUUCAACGCGACCUGAAGAAGUCAUUUUGAAGAAACACGCAGAAGUACAGACGUAUCAAGCAAUCAAGGACUGCGUUGCAGUGAACACAGAAACUUUGGAGCCUUAUGAGAGCCUCCAGGUAGACAAAAAGGUAAAGAGCAAUAAGGAAAUGGAGGAGCAGAUGAGCAAAAUGGCAAAUUACCGCAAGGAAGUGGAUCAGAAGCACAAAGAGACCCUCAGGUCCUUAGAGAAAGACAUCCAGGAGAUCCGUACCAACAUACAAGUGACAAACAAAGAGUUGGCCCUAUUCCAGCAGAAGCUUGAGAAGGAGGUUAAGAAGGACCAGGAGGAGAAGAAGGCUAACCAGGAGUUACUAAAGACCCUCAAGAUGGAGAUGGAAAAGUUGGUGGAGGAACAAAGGAGUCUUACCAAAGGAAUCCACACAAACAAGGCCAGCUAUGAAGAGGAAUUGAAUAAGUUCUUGGAGCUAAGCAAUCAGUCAGAAGCUGAGAAGAUGAGUCUGGAGGAUGAGAUCAAGCGCUCCAAAAACGCAGUUGCCGCGGCGACCAGGAGGUCCCACACUGCCCAAUUGUCCAUGCUGAAAAACAAAUGGGAGCAGCGUUCGUAUGGCCUCCGCAUUCAGCUGGCCGACGCCAAAUUUCUGCUGGUCAAGCUGAAUGAAAAUGUGCAGCGCUUUCCCCCCCUGGAAGCGAGCAGACAAAAUGUGAGAGCUAAAGUCCAAGAGCUGGAGCAGAAAAUCACUGCUGCUGAGAUCCCUCUGGUGUAUUGCAGCAACACACAAUACAAGGAGCAGUUGGAGGAACUCAAAAGUGGCCAAAGAGUAAAAGACAUACUCAGCACCAACCAGAGUGAUCCUCAACUUUCUCUGCUGUCUUCCGGCCUGACUUCUCUGAGUGUUGCACCCUCGCCGCAGUCGAUAGUACCCUCUGCGUCGGCUUCCCCUGUCAAGACUAGAAACUCAGCCAGAUCGAGACAGGCCGGAAACAUAGUGUUUGAAAAGGCCAUGGAGUGCCUUGCCACCAUUUUCCCUGACUACACGAGAUCAGACUUAAUGAGGUUUUUUAAGCAUCUGCGGUCAUCCAACGGCGACAACCUGAUCAACAUGAGCUUGCAGGAUGUGGUCAGUAGAGUGAGCCAGCUGAUCCUGGACCAGCAGGAGGCGGUCACACCUGGGGCCAAAUCCAAGACGACUGGUGUCGGAGGUAUGGCUACGCCCCUUCCGGUGGACCCACCUCCGGUCUGGCAGAAGUUAGCGAACCAAAGACCGCUCAGCUCCAGUGCACUAAACUUGGAGGACCCCUGCAUCAUCUGUCACGAAGAAAUGAGUGAAUGCGACCGCUAUGUUUUGGAGUGCAGACACACCUUCCAUAAGCAGUGCAUCACGUCGUGGCUGAAGACGAAGAGCACGUGUCCCACCUGCCGAAAGCACUCCUUGUUGCUCGACGACUUCCCCGCACUGCCCAGUCGGAGGCGCCAAGCCCAGUGAUGGCAUCUCUCAUCACCAGUAUCAUUUUAUUUUAAUGUUCCCUUUCACAUUUUACGUAAACUUUAGAAGUUAUGACUAAUAAAAGUCAAUGUUUACCA